UAACAAUUAACUUUUAGUCUAUCUAUUUUUUGUCAUAAAAAAUAGGUACAAUACAGUUUACUGAUACUGAACUAUCACCACAAGAGCACAAAAUCACCUGUAAAACGAGGUUGAGCUGCCGGAGAAGAUGAUGAACGUUCACGCCAUUAAAGCUAAUUUCUCAGCACCCUUUACUCGCCUCCACAAAUCCCCGACCCCAACUGCAGCACAAUCGCCACCGGCCAAACCGUUUCCGGCGGCGAGAAUCAAAAGCCCUCAAAUCCAACUCCAUUUCCGGCAGCCCUUUUUGGUUUCUCCGGCGGCGUCCCGCUUCGGUGCGGUUCCCAGGCCGAAGCCCCUUCUGUGCAGCAACUCUUCGAGCGCGUUGACUGCGGAGAAGAAGAGCUGGAUCGAGGCGGUCGGUGAGGCCAUCUCCACGGCUUUUCCGGUGUGGGUUGCUUUGGGCUGCUUGUUGGGCCUAUUGAGGCCCGGAUGGUAUGAUUGGGUCCAGCCCAAGUGGACAGUGAUGGGCAUCACCGUCACCAUGCUCGGCAUGGGGAUGACGUUGACUUUCGACGACCUUCGCGGCGCGUUGGCUAUGCCGAAGGAGUUGUUAGCUGGGUUCUUUUUGCAGUAUUCGAAGAAGCUUCGGUUGCAGAUUAUGCCUUUAUCUGGAUUUUUUGUGAGCAAGCUCUUAAAUUUGCCAACCUAUUAUGCAGCUGGCUUGAUUCUAGUGGGCUGCUGUCCUGGAGGGACAGCCAGUAAUAUCGUUACGUACAUUGCACGUGGGAAUGUGGCUCUAUCUGUGCUGAUGACAGCUGCAAGUACCCUCACAGCCGUGGUCAUUACCCCUUACCUCACAGCAAAACUCGCAGGGCAAUAUGUUGCUGUAGAUGCUAUCGGUCUAUUCAUUGAGCUUCUUUUCAUUUUUCCUUUUCUUGCCGUGACCCUUUUGCACACUUCCGGGUUUUUCUUCGGCUAUGUUUUCUCAAGAUUUCUUGGGAUUGAUGUAUCUUCUUCGAGAACGAUUUCUAUUGAAGUUGGCAUGCAGAACUCAGUUCUUGGGGUAGUGCUCGCCACUCAACACUUUGGGGACCCAUUGACUGCAGUGCCGUGCGCGGUAUCUAGCGUGUGCCACUCCAUCUUUGGUAGCACAUUGGCUGGAAUUUGGAGACGAACCGUCCCUGUGAAAAAUGACAACUUUAACCUCAAGCAGCAUACCAAGACCGAGGAACAAGAUACUUAG